CCUACUGCCACCCAUGCUGCUGAUACUUAGAUAUAUAGAUAGAUGGAUGGAAUAAGGAUGAAGAAGAAAUAAAUUGGCUGCUGAUACUCGACCUAUCUGCCAUAAAAUCAUCCAUAUUGAUAGUGCACACUCAUCGACUCAUUGGGAACCAUGGUACGUCACCGAGAUCUGAUCCACGCUUGGAAGUCAUUUCUAAUGCAUGAACAUCAAGUUCCCAUUGGAGGAAGCAGUGGAGCAAGAUUCCAGUGAAAAAGUGUGUUUAUCUCAACGGGUAAACCUUGUUCUACCAUGAGUGUCUGCAUUAACUUGUUCAAUAACUCGGUCACCUCGUGAUAUCAAGUCCUUUUCAUGGAGAGACCAUUGUUCCCAGCUUUAGUGUUGACAUACCUUGGAAAGGCCUGGGAUGUGACAAAUCUGAGUGAUCGGAGUUGAAGGGUGGACUCAUUGACAAUGCCUGGAGUAAGCCCAAGUACCCACGCCUUGUCAUGAGCUGACAGCCACGACAUGCUGCCUUGGACGUGCAACCCUGAAAAUCUAGACUUUGAUUAAAUCCAGGGGAGUUCGGUGGUUGUCGGUCAUGCCUCGAUCUUCGUUGGCAGACCGCUUUGACCGGGCUUCCCUUGGUCGUACCAGUGGGGGUAACGGCAGCUUGGGAAGGUACAGCGUGGGCACUGAUAUCAGUGGGGGAAGUGCGGCAACCCGCCAUUGGGUCAAUUCAGUGUCAGACAUCUACGGUCCCGACGAGAUUGAAGAGCUCCUCGAGGAUCUCAACCGCCUCGAGUUGGCUGCUUUUGAGACUGAAGAUAUACAGGAUUUCGAUAUUGACGGGUCACAGGUUGGAAGCGUUACCGCUCAAAACAAGAGAGGUCGUCGAAAAUAUCCGAGACCGCGGUCAAAUCGAGGGAACAUCGCAGAUGAAAUUAGUGGUCCUGGAUCUCCAACCUUUUCCGUCAAUUCCUGGGACUCGCAUGCUGUGUACCAACACUACCAUGAACCUAGAGACGGGGAUGAAGAUGAUGCGGGAGGAGGAGGAGGUGGAGGUGGACACGGAGUGGAGGAGGGCAUGGGUAAUGGCCAAGGACUCUUCAUAAUGCGACGGAUGCAUUCAAUACUAUGCUUUUGUGAUAUAUCCACGUUCAAAAAUCCCAGAACUUUGAUACGGGUUCUCUUUGUAUUAACAUGCACAGCUUGCCUUCUGUGUUUGUUCACAGCUCCAACUGCCCCUGGUUCUUGGGAUAAUUUGGAGUACUACGUCCCAAAUCUAUCUCACCUUCCGAAGCUACGGUUUUUGAUGUUCAUUUGCAUUUUCUCAAUUCUGUUCACCAUGUUCGUCCUUUUCUUGAACAUAUCACAUGUGAAUGCGCUGAUUCCACUUGAUCUGGGAUUCUUGCAAUCGGUUGUUUACGCCUCCCUGACACUCGCAUUUAUUGUUUCGUCCGCGCUUGUUCUACAUGUUCAUACAUCAAGGCAAUCAACCAUUUGGAGUCUGGAACCAUUUUGGACCAGAAGUCAUUUAUUGAUAGCCUCGAUUCUCGGCUUCAUUUGCAGCCUUGAAGCCUUUCUAUGUAUAUUCAAUUGCCACCUGAAGAGGAAGGCUUAUGAGAAGGUGCUCCUACAAGAGUCAUCGACUCACUUCACUCUUCAUGAGACUGCAACUAACAAGGGUGGUUGUCCUCCUAUCCAAAGUGGUCCGUCUGCUCCCCCCGUCAACAGUCGCUCCCACUCAACGAAUGAGGCUGCCCCCAUCACUGCCCAGACUCCUGAAGGUCAAAAAUCCAUCUCCCAUCCAUUCACCCACCACAAUCCGUCACAAUCCCUUGCGAUGAAGCAAUCAAAACCCGCCCCACUUCUCAAUCCGGCCGAACAGUAUUUAGUCAAUGAAAAUUACCGCCAAGAGACGGCAGCUCCCUUGGGCUCUGGCCCCCAAACUCGGCACCUUUCCGAUCAAUCAACUAAAUCAAAAAGCUUUGAUCCAGAGAGAACUGAAAGUGAUAAUCGACACCGUUCAAAAACAUCUUCAGACAUCGCACAAAGUAACGCCUCCCAAGUGCCCAGUAAUGUCUCUCAAAAGCCGGUUCGACAUGGCACCAAAGCAGAGGGACUUUCCUCCUCCUCCUCCUCCUCCUACUCACAAACACCAAAGCUGCCUCCCCCUUCGUCCAGCACUGCCAACCCGAGUGGCUCCUUGGUGAAAUCGGCAGGAGCUCCGCUUUUGGCCAAAUCCAAGCAAAGUUCACAGAUGCAAUCCACAUCCUUUACCACCAGAGUCUCCCAACCCUCAACAUCAGGCGAUCCCCAGAAUAUGCCGAAACCUAAAGACUCCUUGGGAAACGUAUCUUCGCCUCUGGAUGAUACUCCCACCCAGACCGUUAUCAAAGCAUUGGUCCAACCGGAACCUUUCAGUGGCAAACAAAACGACUUUUCCACGAAGCAUCCGCCGGAAAAUGUCGAACAUGUGAAGAAAAACAAUGCGAAUGGAGUACCCAGCCGUGACACGGGGGCAAUUCCCAAAAAGAAAGCUACGGCUCAAAAUCCCAUUGGACCCUCUUCCCAUUCGUCUUCGUCCGCCGCAGUCAUGGUCUCAAAGCAGCCCCAUCAACCGUCCACAUCUUCCAGUAAAAAAACGAGCACAAAUCACUUGGAUGAAAUCAUCACCAUUCCAAUGGAUGACGAUAUGCUUCCAGACUCUGCCACAAAGAUGCCUUCAACCAGUUCUUCGUCAAAACCUCCUCACCACAGGGGAUUGAAUGGUGAUAGUGUGAACGGCCGGACUGGAUCAGAGACGGAUCCUGCGGGAUCAAGGAAUGUCAAAAAGCUCAAGUAGACACAAUUAUUUAGACCAAUUCAAAAACUUGUUCUAUUGGCUGAAGUGAGAACGUGUCAAUCUGACUUACUGGUCAAUGCCUUUCUGUUAGUCACACUAAUGUCACAGUUCAUAAACGCCAUUCAGAGAUACACCACAAGAACUCACCGUGUUAUGAUGCCUUCUGUAUCGGUUUUGCAACAUUCAACAGAAUUCGUUCGUUCCUUUAUAAAAAAUCACAACAAAUCAUGAUUUUAACGCACUUUUAUAGCCGAGUUCAGUGUUUGGCAGGACAUAAAGAACCUUGAAAACACAUGAUUACUAUUGUACAUACGGAAAGAUUUCCAAACCAGAAUGUGAUAUGUAAAGAAACGUAUUUGCAAGAAUGCUCAGCUUCGCCAUAAAACCAAAGAUGAAGUCUUCAGUGAAAUUGUUAUUUUUGGUUAAAAUCUUACCAAAACUAAUUUGAGUCGCCAGCUACCGAACAAUAUGCAGUCAUGAAAUGAAUAUGAAGACAACCCACAAAGGGUUCUUUAUGUGAACACGACUUCUUUUUAAAUGUUGAAUAAACAUUAUUCAAAUAAAGUAUAGGCCAAUUUAAAAAGAAAGCUC